AUGAGCCAGCGGAAUAGACAUGCUCUCCCGACGAGCUGGGACGCGUACGAACAUGGACGUGCAUCUUCCUUCAAUUCCCUUGAUUCCGUCCCUGAGAACGAACAACACCAGGGUCCCUUUUCCUCCUCGCCGAACCCACAGCAGAUGCAAGGUCGCAACGCAGACGGUGAAAGCCCUUCCGGAUUAAGGCGGACAUCUUCCAUAGGCAGAAAAUUCGAUAGUCUCCGGUUUAUGGGCGGGCCGAAUAGCAUUGACAACUUUGCGAAGUCGCUUCAAAGAGCUGCUGGGUUUCGAGAGAUAACACCUGUGCGGAAGUACUCCGUCAGUCUUCCGGGCGAUGAGGAAGAAGCCGGCGCGGACGGUGCCGAGCAAAGCUCUCCAGAACAGGGUCGAUCGCUCCUGAGAGAACAGUUGAACGCUUAUCAUAUGCAGAAUGGGAGUGAGGAUGCCCUACAAAAUGAACAACCCGAGACGGAAGAGGCGACGGAGGAGUCCCAACUGCUUCCGCAGGAGCAGCAGCGAGCCCACAAGCCCAAUACAGACUCAAUAGGAUCCGGUCCAUUGCUUGCCAGCCAACUGGGAACGAGUUAUGGAAGUAUCUCUUCCAGGCUCACACCCGCUGUAAGGCAACGAGCGUCCAUCCUCAUUGCCGAGCAAGAAGAAGCCAACCGACGAGCAAGGGAGCAUCCGGAAGACUUCAAGGACGAACCGCAUCGAGAGCUUGAACAAGACAUCCUUCCGGACGGCGAGGUCAUCACUCGCACAGUCGGCGAAUCCACCGUUCCAAUGACAGUCUUCAACUCCAUCAAUGUCCUGAUUGGUGUAGGUAUCUUGGCCCUUCCACUUGGUCUCAAAUAUUCCGGUUGGGUCAUUGGCCUCGUUCUUCUCGCUUUGGCUGCCGUAACCACCGCUUACACAGCUAAGCUUCUGGCAAAAUGUCUAGACACAAACGUCGCCUCGACCACGUAUGGAGACAUCGCGUUUCUUGCGUUUGACACCUGGGGUCGAAAUUCCGUCGAGGCACUUUUCAUUCUGGAGCUUACCGCCGCCAAUGUGGCGCUGAUCAUUUUGUUUGCUGAUAGCAUGAACUCGCUUCUGCCGGGGGUAGGCGUCAAUGAGUGGAAGGCUCUGAUCGCAUUAGGCCUGAUUCCGUUGAACUAUGUACCCUUCCGGACUCUCAGCAUCACCAGUGUGAUUGGGAUCUUCUGCUGUUUUGGGAUCAUCAUCAUCGUCUUUGCCGAUGGCCUGAUCAAACCCCAUAGCCCAGGGUCCUUGCGAGAGAUAGCCAAAACAUAUGCCUUCCCCGAACAUUGGAAGACGCUGCCUCUCAGUCUAGGUCUGUUCAUGGCACCUUGGGGCGGCCACAGCGUGUUUCCGGCCAUCUACAAGGACAUGCGGCAUCCGCAAAAAUACGGUCGUGCCGUCAGAUACACUUAUAUCUUCACCUACGGCCUGGAUUUCUCCAUGGCGGUUCUCGGCUAUCUGAUGUUCGGCGACAAGGUACGCGACGAGAUCACAUCCAACAUCCUCCGGGACACUUCCUAUCCGCACGCUCUGUCGGUUCUACUGGUGGUGCUGAUCUGCAUCAUCCCCGUCACCAAGAUCCCACUUUCGAAUCGACCCAUCAUGGACACACUGAACAAGAAGUUCCACAUUGAUUUGCGCGAAAUGGACCCCAAGGCGCGGCUCUACAGUGAGAAAAGUUGGAAACAUCGCGCCGGGCGUGGUGCAGUCGCCAUUCUCGUCAACUUUGUCUCGCUCGGCAUUGCCAUCGGCUUUCCCGACUUCGACAGCAUCAUGGCCCUCAUGGGCUCGGCGUUUUGUUUCACCAUCUGCAUCAUCUUGCCCGUCAGCUUCUACUUGAAGAUCUUCAGCUCCGAGGACAAGCAGAUCAGUCUGAUGGAACGCAUCCUUGACUGGACACUGGUCGUCAUCAGCAGUGUUCUGGCUGUCAUAGGGACAGUGUUUGCCAUCUUGCCAAAGGAGAAGAUUGGUCUUUCGGGUUGA